AGUUAAUAUGUUGAUUCUUGAUACUUUGUUUUUCGAAUGACGAAUGAAAUAUUUUUAUUUUAUAAUUUUCGUGUAAAUUAAAACAAAGGCAAAGAUACAUUUUUCAUCAGUCUAAUCUUUAUGUUUAUGGAUUUAAAUGUUCAUAGGUAAUUAUAAAUAAUCAAGAAAAAUGUCAUCAAUUGCACCUCAAGGUAUGAUAAAAUCGUUAGAAGUCGUUGCUGAAAUUUUUCAAGAAGAAAAUAUAAAAAUCUCUGUUAAAGAAUCUGUUAAAGGUGGUCUUAUAACAGGCAUUGCAGCUCUUGUUGGAGGAUUACUUGGUGGCAAGAGUGGUUUAAUAGCUGGUGGAGUAAUGGGUACUGUAGCUGCUUGUACAAUGACAAAAGAUUUUAAGUCUCUUCUACAAAUUAUACAUGAAAUGGACUAUGAAAAACAGAAAAAAUUAUUUGAUACCAUACAAAAUGUAGUAUCAUCAAUUGAUAUAAGUGAUGUAGUCAAAUUGGUGGUUUUACUAAGCACAAGUCAAUCAAUGAAACAAGCUGUCAUUCACGAAACUAUAAACUUUUUGCGCAAUGAAAUGAGUCUGGAAAUAAUUCGUAGUUAGUAUAAUUUUUUUUUAGUGUUAAAGCAAUAAAUAUAAAUAAUAUAUAAAUGUAUGUAUGUUCAUCUGUUUAUAAUGUAAAAUUAAUGAAAGUAUAAAAUAAA